AUGGCUUCUAUGGAUGCCAGUGAUCCAGAACCCCAUUCUACCGCCUACAGCGAUCUCGAUGCUGCAACCGACCUUUCCGGAUUCGAUAUUAACAGAGAGGCGACCGCCGACACCACUUCCUCAGCUGCACACUCUGGCUACGAAGGCGUUGAUUGGAAUCGUCUUCCUGGGUAUGUAGCUAGCAGGCACAGACGAAGGCAGCGGACGGGAUGGGUCUGGGAGCACGGAUACGAUGUCGAGAGAAACAAUUCCGGCCGCCGUUUCUGGCUUUGCAAAGAGUGCCAUCGGACAAGAGCCGCAAUCACUCACAUGUACGAUGCUGCGUCUACGAGCCAAGCGAACGCUCACAUGGAAGAUGAAAAACAGCGCACCAUCUUGGACAUGGUUAACUUGGCCGCUCGUCACAGGAAGGACCAGGCUGUGAUAAAUGCUCUUAUAGCCUCCUUCGACCCGCUACACUUUCGACAGUUGCUUAUUCGCUGGGUGGCCUGCGACAAUGUCUCUUUCAACAAGCUAGAGAGUCCAUACUUUCGCGAGCUUAUGGAAUACACAAACAGUGCUGUUAUUGAGUCAGGCAGUCUGCCAACCCAUAACACGAUGCGCGAUUGGACUGUAGGAGCCUUCAAUCGUCACAAAGGUGUAGUUACUGAGCUGCUCGGUCGCUCUCUCAGCCGCAUUAAUAUAUCAUUUGACGUGUGGACGUCCCGCAAAUUCACUUCCCUUCUCGACCUGACCGUGUACUUUCUCGACGACGGAGGCAAGUUGCGCACAUUCUUGCUUGGCUUGCCACGAAUUGAGGGUCAACAUAGUGGCGAAAACCUUGCAGACCGGGUUAGUGAAAUUAUCCACGAAUAUAAUCUCAACAGCCGCGUUGAAUACUUUAUCACAGACAACGCAGAGAGCAACGACACUUGUCUUGAUGAGCUCGCUGGUGAGCUUGGGUUCAAGAAGCAGCACCGCCGACUUCGGUGCUGCGGGCACAUCAUUAACCUUGUGGCCCAAUCUAUAUUGUUUGGGACGGAUGCCGACGCUUUCGAGGAAGAUUGCCAAGCUGAUAAGGAACUUCAAGAAGAGGUGAAGCUGUGGAGGGCCAAAGGGCCGAUUGGCAAACUGCAUAACAUUGUGCACUGGGUUCAGCGAUCUGGCCAGCGCAUUGAAAAACUCCACAGGCUUCAGAGCAUCGAAAAUGCGGAUCUGGGCCUUGAUGACCACGCAACUUACGAUGUGAUCACAGACAAUGCUACCCGGUGCAACUCAUCCGAGGCGAUGAUGGAGCGUGGCUAUCAGCUUCGGAAUCCUCUCGACUCUCUCGUCCAGGCGGAGGUUACGGAGUGGGGUCAAUACGUCGCCGCGAGGACUGCGAAUGGGACAAGGCCGAUGCCAAAGAGGAGUCGGAAGAAGCCUGCAAUUGUUGACGAUAAGAUGACUAGCGAAGACUGGGCCGUGAUUGCAGAAUACCUGGCCAUCCUGAAGCCGCUGAAGAUAGCCAUGAAGCGGCUGGAAGGCAGACCUGAAGAGGGCAAACAUGGGGCGGUCUGGGAAGUCCUGCUGACGAUGGAAUGGCUUCUGAGGCAUUGGAAGAGUCCAAGAUGCAGCAUGAACACGAUGAAGAGCCUUACUUGCGAGUGGGUUGCAACCUCGGCUGGAUGA